UCGCUGUUGGGUGCACUCUGUAUUUUGGCAAUGGAAAGUGGAAACGACGUGCAGCUAAUUCAGCCAUCGAAAUAAAUAAACGGCGAUUUGGUUUAAUUCCAACAAGAAAAUUAGCAGAGCUCAAAAAUGGGUUUGGAAUCAAGACAAAUUUCAUCAUCGUCAGCAUCUACUUCUCUCAGAUAGCCCCAAUAAAUAACCCACUGCCUAAUCCUUUCACCCCUCUUCCUUUUGAUAAUCUUUUCUCAACUCAAUUCAACUUCAAACAAGAGUUGGUGCAUGGCUGCUGCUUCCGCUUCUAUUUGCCUUCCGGCAAAUGGGAGCCGCCCGGAUUUCCGUAUUGCCUCAUCUUCCAAACAGCUCAACAGAUUUCGUAGGCUCACAAUCCGCUCUGAUUUGGACUCCAAUGUCUCCGACAUGAGGACUAAUGCUCCAAAAGGUUUAUUUCCACCGGAACCUGAGCAUUACCGCGGCCCUAAGCUAAAAGUGGCGAUUAUCGGAGCGGGGCUUGCUGGCAUGUCGACUGCAGUGGAGCUUUUGGACCAAGGUCAUGAGGUAGAUAUAUAUGAUUCGAGGUCUUUCAUUGGUGGAAAAGUUGGUUCUUUUGUAGACAAGAAGGGAAAUCACAUUGAAAUGGGACUGCAUGUUUUCUUCGGAUGCUACAAUAAUCUGUUUCGUUUAUUGAAAAAGGUUGGAGCUGAGAAAAAUUUGCUUGUGAAGGAUCAUACUCACACUUUUGUCAACAAAGGCGGUGAAAUUGGCGAACUUGAUUUCCGCUUCCCAGUUGGAGCGCCACUUCAUGGAAUUAAUGCAUUCCUUACAACAAAUCAGCUUGAGCCUUAUGAUAAAGCAAGAAAUGCAGUGGCUCUUGCCCUUAGUCCAGUUGUAAGGGCUCUUGUCGAUCCAGAUGGAGCUAUGCGAAACAUACGUGAUCUAGACAAUAUAAGCUUCUCGGACUGGUUCAUUUCUAAAGGGGGGACCCGCAAGAGCAUCCAGAGGAUGUGGGAUCCUGUGGCUUAUGCCCUGGGAUUCAUCGAUUGUGAUAAUAUUAGUGCACGCUGUAUGCUCACUAUAUUUUCACUUUUUGCUACUAAAACCGAGGCCUCCCUUCUUCGCAUGCUUAAAGGUUCUCCAGAUGUUUAUUUGAGUGGUCCAAUCAAAAACUAUAUCCUGGAAAAGGGUGGCAGGUUUCAUUUGAGGUGGGGAUGCAGAGAAAUCCUUUAUGAUAAAGCUGCUGAUGGAGGUGUAUAUGUAAAGGGGCUUGCCAUAUCCAAGGCUACUCAAAAGCAAAUCAUAAAAGCCGAUGCUUAUGUAGCAGCUUGUGAUGUUCCCGGAAUUAAAAGAUUGCUUCCCCAAAGCUGGAGGGACUCGAAAUUCUUUGACAAUAUUUAUAAACUUGUGGGAGUACCUGUUGUCACUGUGCAACUGCGAUAUAAUGGCUGGGUUACGGAGCUAAGGGACUUGGAACGUUCAAGGCAAUUGAGGGAAGCUGCAGGCCUGGACAACCUACUUUACACUCCGGAUGCAGAUUUUUCGUGUUUUUCUGACCUUGCACUGUCGUCACCAGCUGAUUAUUACCUUGAGGGCCAAGGCUCAUUGCUUCAGUGUGUACUUACUCCUGGAGACCCUUACAUGUCUCUACCGAACAAGGAAAUCAUAGAGAGAGUAUCAAAGCAGGUUUUGGACCUGUUCCCAUCUGCCCAAGGUCUGGAGGUCACCUGGUCGUCCGUUGUCAAAAUUGCACAGUCCUUGUAUCGAGAAGGCCCCGGUAAAGAUCCAUUCAGACCUGACCAGAAGACACCAAUCAAGAACUUCUUCCUGGCUGGCUCCUACACUAAACAGGAUUACAUUGAUAGCAUGGAAGGAGCGACACUGUCUGGUAGGCAAGCGUCUGCCUACAUAUGCGACGCGGGAGAAGAGCUGGUGGUGCUACGGAAGGCUCUUGCCGCCACUGAAUUAGAAGAAACUGCGACAUCGGAUGAGCUAACAUUUGUCUGAAUUGCACUAACCCCCCCCCCCCCCCCCCCCCCAAAAAAAAAAAAAUGAGAUGUGAGUUACAAAUACAGAACUAUCUUGCUAAUAGAGUUUACACCAUAAAUUAAACUGCUUUAUUAUUUAUUUUGAUGGGGAAUUGAGGUAGAAGAAGGCAAGGUUGUACAAUGUUGUAGCAGAUUAAAAACUGGCAUUGUGCAACUCCCACCUAUCUGCCUUAAACAACUCAUUGUAAUUCAAUAUAUAUACGUCUUCGUUGCCAUUUA